AAGACCACGAGGAGACCUUCAGUCUGGAUUUAACGCACAAAGUGAAGAAGAAACAUUUUUUAGAGGCUAAAUUUAGUCUCCGCAUGCUUCUACAUCAGGGUUAUUUCUGAUAAUUUAUCAUCUGCUGUGGCUCCUGAGUCCGAUAAGUGAUUAUGGAGGCUGUGAAAUGUGUGGCUGUGCUGUUGGUGGUCGUGUUCGUGCAGAUUUUCGGCGCGCUGGGGUCUCCGCUUUCCGGGGAGGACGGUGAGGGCGGAGAGGUGUGGACGGUGGAGAAGUGGCAGGACUACCCACUAGAGAGAGGAAUAACCAUCCGGCUUGCAGACCUAAUAAAGCGUUCCAAAGCUCAGCAGUUCCACGGCCUGAUGGGAAGAAGCCCAGGUGCGUCUCAACCUGUGAGACUGGGCAGGAAAAGAAAUAACAAUAAAGGGGAGAUGUUUGUUGGACUCAUGGGCAGAAGAAGUUCAGGAGGAGACAUGGAAGAAGAGUGGGACUCUGACUCUUACUAAAGAGAAAAAAAAACUGGAGAAAAAAGAAAACAGAAAACUCUUGACAACCCUUAUUAAUGCUCCAUUUAAAAAAACACAACCCUGUUCAGUCCCACGUUGUUGAUCAACAGGACAUAGUGACAAACUGUGACCAAGAAAAACUGUCUAGAAAACUGAAACAAAUGCAAACUUCUGCACUUCAUUACCUCUCCAUCUCUAAUUUACUGUAUGAUGUCACUGAUCAUGUAUAUUUUAAUGAAAUCCAUGCAAAUAUUUAUUUAUUUUUUUUUUUUUUAAGCCACAUCAUUUAUAAUUGGGCGUGUAUCCUUUGUUCUGUUACCGUUGAAGAUCAGCAUUGCUUUGGAAAGCUGCAGCAGCAUGGAUGUUUAUUCAGUGUUUGUUUGAAACACAUCUUUAAUUGUUUAGGGUUUAAAAAAUAAAAUCAUGUUUCAUUCACUUUAUAAGUGUAAAGUAAUGUUCGUAAUGUUGCAGAUAAAUUAAUAAAACCUUGUUUUGGUCA